AUGACAGAAGCAAAGAAGAAACCUUUAGCUGUAAAGCCUGUAAUGGAGAUUGGAUUGGGUGAUUGGGUGGAGGUUUUCAGCGACGAAGAUGGGUUUCUCGGGUCAUACUACGAGGCCCGGGUUCUGGAAAAAUUGGGCGAUGCCAAAUUCUUGGUGGAGUACAAGAAUCUAGUCACCGAAGAGGAUGAAACUGUGCGGCUUCAAGAAGAAGUCAAGGCUUCAAGAAUGAGGCCAAAACCUCCGGCGAUUAGGGUCCCCGGGUACGAUGUUUUGGACAAAGUUGACGCCUUUGACAAUGACGGGUGGUGGGUCGGCAGGAUCACGGGUCAAGAUGCCCGGAACAAGUACAGCGUGUAUUUCGAGAGCUCCGGGGACGAGAUUGUUUACUCUGUGGAUCGUUUGAGGCCUCAUCUGGAGUACGAGAAUGGGAAGUGGAUUCGUUCUGCUGCUGGAAUUUGGUACUAA